UUGUAUCCCAAAUGGCCAAAAAACGCAAACACAAAAAAUCUUCCCUAGCUGAAAGGAAGAUGGAAGAAGUUGAUGGGAUCAACUCUCUUCCAGAUGAGUUACUCGCCCAUAUACUUUCAUUCCUUCAAACCAAAGAGGCUGUUUCUACUAGUGUUUUGUCCACUAAAUGGAGAUCACUUUGGACUAUGGUGCCAGCUCUUGAUUUCAAUGAUGAUAACCAGUGCUUCUCCAAAAGCUUAUUUGUUGAUGCUGUUUCCAGUGUCUUGAGUCAACGCAAGACAGAGUUCAUCACAAGGCUAUGUCUUGAAUCCUAUCACAAACGUUUGACACCAAACAUGGUCAACUUAUUGGUUUCUAUUGCUGUAACAAAUAACCUUGAGGAGUUAAACCUCAAUUACUUUAUUCUUGAGGCUACUUUACCAAGCAGGCUUUUCAAUUGUCAAACACUCUCGAUUCUUAAGCUGAGAGGUAAUUUUAAUUUGAAUCUUCCUUCAUCCAUUCAUCUUCCUUUGCUCAAGGUUCUCCAUCUCGAUCUUCUUCACUUCAUUGAUGAUGAGUCUAUUAUGAGACUUCUCUCCGGGUGUCCGGUUCUUGAAGAACUUUAUUUUAAAGAAGUGCAUUUUCAUCGUUCAGACUUAUUUCGUAUAUGUGUACCUUCACUGAAGAAAUUGCAUGUUAAGAGUAACAUUGACAGGCUUUGGAUAGAUACCCCUAUUCUUGUGUACCUUAAACUCGAAGAAACUGCAGUCGUCGACUAUUUGGUUGGGGACUUACAUGACUUGGUUGAAGCAUAUAUUGAUAUAUUCUUUUAUCAUGAGGAUGAGAAUGAAAAAGAAAACAUACCCAAGCUUUUCAGUGCUAUUCAAAAAACUAGAUUUUUAUGCUUAUCUAGUGUUUCCACAGAGGUGCUUACUUGGUCUUGUCUAGAAUUUCCAGAAUUUCACAAUCUAGUUCAUCUACAACUUUCUUUAGUUACCCUUGACUCAUAUUUCCUAGUGGAAUUGCUACUUGAAAAAUGUCCCAAGCUUGAAGUUCUUGAUAUUGAGAAGGUUGAUGAAGAGAGUGAAAUUGAAUGGACAGAGCCAACAACAAUGGUACCUAGUUGUCUUUCAUCACACCUUACUAUGUUUACAUAUAGAGGAUAUGGAGACUCCAAAGACGAGUUAGAGUUUGUAGGGUAUAUUCUAAAAAGUGGAAAAGUGUUGAAGACAGCAACAAUUCAGAUUGCAAAUUGGUUGAAGCCAAAGAAAAUGGCUAGGUCAAAAUUAUUUGGGUUGCCAAGAGCCUCAUAGA